CCUCCACCAUGGACGACAUCCUCUGCGACGCCGAAGGCUACGUCACCGAAAUCAGUUUUCAGUCCUACUUCGGCAGUGUCUAUUCCAGCAUUCCUGCCGAUAUCUCCCUGCUCACCCGCCUUUCGAAAGUCGACCUCCGCACCCUGAAUUUCGGGGGAGCCGCGCUGCCUGCCAGCCUCGGAGCCGUCCCCAGCCUGGAGUACCUCCAUCUGUCCAACUGUGGUCUCUUUGGCGCCCUUCCCAGCGACCUCAACGCGUGCACCAACCUCAAGCACCUGGACCUGUCAGGCAACGGAUUCAGCUCGCUCUCUCCCACCAUCAGCUCUCUCGCAAAACUCGAAUACCUCGACCUCAGCAGCAACGUGCUGGAUGGGCCAAUCCCCUCAGAGCUCAUGGCUCUCACCAAUCUUGCUCACAUUGACAUGCACAACAACAGCUUCAAUGGCUCCCUCCCCGACACCAUUGUCAACCUGCAGGCGCUCACGGACCUGGACCUCUCGGAUAACUUCCUCUCGGGAACCAUUCCAGCAGGGCUAGGCUCCAUCCCCAAACUUCGUCACCUGUGGUUGGGCACUGGCCCUGUAUGCCCCAAGGAGUACACCAGCUGCGUGGUGCCGCAGAGCACAGGUAGCCAGCUCUGCAUGUGGUGCUCCUACUUCUGCACCACCUGCGACAAAAAGGACCCGCUGGACGGUUUUACACUGCCAAUCAUUCUAGGAAACACCAGCAACAGCUACACCACCAGCAACAACUACACCAACAACAGUGCCGACGGUUUUACGCUGUCAGGAGACACCAGCAACAGCUACACCACCAGCAACAACUACACCAACAACAGCGCCGACGGUUUUACGCUGCCAGGAAACACCAGCAACGACUACAGCACCAACAACAACGCCAACUCUAACGCCAAUGCCAAUGCCUCCUCCUCCAGCUCUGGGCUGUCCACUGGGGCUAUCAUUGGCAUUGUUGUGGGGGUGGUGCUGCUGCUCGUUGGAGUCAUUGCUGUUGUGUUCAUUGUGAUUCAGUGCGGGAAGAAAUCCAAAGAUGUGGAGGUACCCGUAUAUGCAGAUGGUAACCAGUACCCAGAUGCACAGGGCGCCUAUGCUGCUAGUGGUGGCUAUAAGCCAGAUGCAACUGCCGCGGUGUAACCGAGCUACUGCACCAGCCACUUGUUGCUGCACUCAUCAUCAAAGUUAAUAUGGCCAGGGGUUGUGCUCCAACUGCUG